UAAUACUUUCUCUUUUUAGUGAGUACCAGAGCAGAAUUUGGAAAUCUGGAUGUCAAAAGUGGUGAAAACUGAUAACCUACGCCUUUAUUGUAAUUUAUUUGAGUAUUUUCUCAUAUUAGGACAUUAUUAACGUUUGUAUUCAUUUAAGAAGUCUGUGGAGUCACCUACUACAAUUGAUAUAUAACAUGUAUGGCACUCUUCCAGAUGGAACUUCCUCAAUCGUGUGACACUUUUGUUGCAUUACCCCCUUUGACAAAGCAUGGUGUGAUUUUUGGUAAAAAUUCUGAUAGACCAAAGGGAGAAGUUCAAGAAGUUGUCUAUUUCCCAGCUUCACAAUGUUCAAAUGUUAUAAAAUGCACUUAUAUUGAAGUGGAAUAUUCGGGACCUAGAAAGGCUGUUAUUUUAAGUAAACCAUCAUGGAUGUGGGGUGCAGAAAUGGGGGCCAAUGAGUGUGGAGUUGUUAUUGGUAAUGAAGCAGUUUGGACAAAUAAUACUAAUGGUGAAAAUGAUCCUAGUGUAAAAAGACUAUUAGGAAUGGAUUUAGUAAGAUUGGGAUUGGAACAAAGUUCUUCAGCAACAGAAGCCUUAGAAAUUAUUACUAAUUUGUUAGAGAAAUAUGGACAGGGUGGUCCUUGUGCUGAGGAAGAUUCUGGUUUAAGUUACCAUAAUUCUUUUCUAAUUGCUGAUUCUUCUACUGCUUGGAUUUUAGAGACAUCUGGAAAGCAGUGGGUAGCGGAACAGAUCUCGAGUGGGUGUAGGAAUAUUUCUAAUGGUUUAUCAAUAACUACCAAAUUUGAUAGGCAUUCCAAAGAUUUGUUUGACUAUGCCAAGGCACAAGGAUUUUGGAAUGGAGAGGAUGAAUUUAAUUUUUCUGAAGUAUUUGGUGGUGAAAAGGUACCAGGGAGUGAUCGUUACAUUGAGGGUCAAAAAUUAUUAAAAAAAUAUACAGAAACUAAUGAUUUUAAAGAAGUAGAUAUGUUUAACAUCUUAAGGGAUAGACAAUCAGGGAUAUGUAGACCUUGUGAUAGUCCUUUUCCAACACAGGGUAGCCAGGUUUCUGUGUUAAGUUCUACUAGACCGAGUGUUCACUGGUUUACCGCCACCCCCGAUCCUUCAAUAUCAGUUUAUAAACCCUUCAUAUUCACUCCAAAUGCUAUUAUUUCUAAACAUACUAUAUGUCCAGAAGAAAGGAAAAAUAGUCCUCACACCUUGUACACUCUUCACGAGCGAACUGCUGAAAAGGGUGAUGAACAGGUUCAAAAAUUACUGAGAAAUAUGGAAGAGAACUGCGUAAAAGAGUUGAACGAUGUAAUAGAAAACAUAGGCGACAAUUUAGCUGAAAUGGACGAACUGAUGAAAGACUGCGUUGAAACGGAAGUAAAAUUUUAUCGUUAAACAUACAAACAUUUUUAAUAAUUUAGUUAGGUUGCAAUGCAAUUUAUUUUACUUUAUUUGUUACAUACUUGACUACUUUUUCUUAGCCUUUAAGUUGAUUUUACAUGCUAUUUAAAAAAUGACAUUGGUAAUAACAUAUUCAUUUUAAGUAGGUUUUCAUUAAUGUAUUUUUUUAUUCUUCAGCUUAUUUUUAGAGGAUUAAAAAUUUGCGUGAAGGAUUUAUUGAAUUUAUAAAAGGUACUGAAAUUUAUUACUUAUUUAAUUAAUAUCUAAUAAAAAUCUUACACAAUAUACACUGUAAAACGUUACUACCAUUGUCAUUAAAAAAAAGUAUUCAAAUUAUUUUUAUAUUGUUAUUACGCUUUAAUUUUUUAUUCCUGUGAAGUUCUGUUUUACAGUAAAGCUAAUAGUAACUUAAUCUUUUGAAAUUUUAAUGAUCUCUAUUUCAUUUUUUUAUUGGUUGAUAAUUAAGAAUGAUUGUUUACAAUUUGGUGAUUACAGGAACAAGAAGUAUUAAGUUAUAGUGAUUUUAGAGUGAGUUAGUAAUUUAAAUUAGAUGCAUAAUAGUGGUAGAGAUUGAUGUCAUUAUAAUGAUUAUUAUUAUACAAAAGAAGCACAGAAAUGCCUAAUCGAAUAUUAUAAUAAGUACUAUUACGUACACUAAGCUUAAGUUAUUUAUUAUGAUGCUUGAAGAAAAGCUGUAUGUGAUGUUUUAGUAGCUUAGUAAAUGUUAUAAUAAUUAAGCAAUUCCGCAUUGGUUUGCUUUACAGUAAGGUGAACAUCUAAGGGAAGUUACAAAUAACAGAUUUUAUUUUUUUUAAGAAAACCAUUUCAGAUAAUUAGUAGAAUGUGUUAAGUAGCCUUUUUGCAGCAAAUUCCUUCACUGUAUCUUUUUUUAUUAAUAUUUUCCCAUAUUUUCGAAGUAAUUGUAACUUCUCAUACAUGUUUAUCGUAUAUAUUUAAAUAUUUAACAUUACGUAUCCAAUGAAUAUGAGUAGCUUUAAAUGUCAUCCCCUUGUUCUUCUUGCUAGCUAUAUACUUAGUGUAAUGUUAAAAGUCAAGAAGACUGUAACUAAUAAUCAAAAUAAUUUAAUAACAGCUUUCUUAUCUCAUUAAGCAUUAAAAAGGUGUAAAAUAGAGCUGCCAUAACUGAGCUAAAUUAUACUCUACAAAUUAAUAUUUUUUAGCUUAGCUUUUUGUUAGAGGGUAUUAUAAGCUCUUAUAACUGUAAUCAUAAUUUACUGUUUUAUUUUAUAAAUAAUAGUAUAAUUUAUUUAUUUUGCUUGUUACGUAAGCCAGUAGAAUCAUACAUAAAGUAGGCUAAUCGUAAAAUCACAAGGCAUGAUGUAGCUCUGAUUUUUUGAUAUGUUGUCAAUAUAAACUCAAGUAUACAGCUUCCAAAAACCUGCGCUGAGGAGACAUGAAAAUUGCAACGUUUUUUUGUUGUUACCUUGCAACUUAUAGUGUAUUUUUUGAUAUUGGUCAUCUUUAC